AUGGGUCGUACACAUCUGUCUUUGGUGGUAUCGGAGGACUGUAUUGCGGGCAUGGAAAGGAAGAAGUAUCCGACUGCCGGCUGUGGUGGUCUGAUUCAAACAGAGUCGGACUAUCACCAGCCAAGCUCGAUGAACUGGUCGACUCGGCUACCGAGUAUGCUUGCGCCUGAGGGGGCGGAGGAGGAGGAGGCCCCUGGGGAGGAGGAGGAGGAGGCCCCUGGGGAGGAGGAGGAGGACGAUCGAGAGGCGCCGGGGGAGGAGGAAGAUCACACGGGACGAUGGUCUGUGGUUUGUACUGUGAGCGACGGAAUCAAGGAUGAGAUUCUAGCGCCCCAAGGCUUCGGUUUUUGGUUCCGCGAUCUGGGCAAAGGAGACACUGCGUCGUCGGGGCUUCCCUCGACGACGGGCUCCAGGGUUUUUGGCGACGUCUCGGCCGGCUGUGAAGCUGAAGACGGGCCAUUGUCGUGA